AACCUUAACAAGAAAAUCGUGUCAUGGCCUCAUGGGUUCCUUAGUAGUCUAACAAUACUACAGUAUUAGAUUUUGAAAGACCGAAAAAUCCCAAACAAGACGACAGCCAUUGAAGAGCAGAAGAUCCAUGGCGCACCCGUUCUGAAAGCGACGCGCUACGAAUCCAGAUAACCUGUGACUACCCUCCAGAUCCGCCAUAGAUGCAGGAGGCACUUGCUCCUUUUUUGUAGCAGCUGAUUGAUGGCCAUCAAUCGUGUUCGUCAUAGAUUUGGUGCCGCUCGUCGAUUCAGGCAUCUGUCUCUCUCGCAAACUAUGAAAACAAAAAAGAUUUUUGGGGUUUCUAUUUCCCUCAUUCUUAUCAACUUGGCUGCUGUAAUGGAACGUGCUGAUGAAAAUCUCCUCCCAUCCGUUUACAAAGAAGUUAGCGAAGCUUUCAAUGCCGGGCCAUCUGAUCUAGGGUAUCUCACUUUCAUUAGGAACUUUGUGCAGGGACUGGCAUCGCCUUUGGCCGGUGUUUUAGUAAUAAACUAUGAAAGACCUACAGUUCUUGCAAUAGGCACCUUGUGUUGGGCUUUAUCAACAGCUGCAGUAGGAGCAAGCCAACAAUUCUUGCAGGUUGCAUUUUGGAGGGCUGUUAAUGGCUUAGGACUGGCAAUUGUCAUACCUGCACUCCAGUCUUUUAUUGCUGAUAGCUAUAUGGAUGGAGUAAGAGGGGCUGGAUUUGGGCUACUAAAUCUUGUUGGUUCUUUUGGCGGCAUAGGAGGUGGUGUUCUGGCCACGAUUAUGGCUGGUCAGCAGUUCUGGGGAAUGCCUGGAUGGCGUUGUGCCUUCAUAAUGAUGGCAUCAUUGAGUGCGCUUAUCGGGCUCCUUGUCUUUGUUUUUGUUAUUGACCCGAGGAAAACUGCUAAUUUCACUGCUCAUGAUGGAGAGAAUUUUAAUAGUGAUGAGUUGCUGAUAGAAAAGGGUAAGGCUAGUACAUCAUCCGUGUGGUUGGAGUCCUGGAUGGCCAUGAAAGCUGUCAUGAAAGUACAGACAUUUCAGAUCAUUGUCUUGCAGGGCCUUGUCGGGUCACUUCCAUGGACUGCUAUGGUAUUUUUCACCAUGUGGUUUGAGUUAAUUGGUUUUAAUCAUAAUAAUACAGCAGCCCUCUUGAGUCUUUUUGCUAUAGGAUGUGCAGUGGGAUCCUUCAUUGGUGGAAUAAUAGCAGACCGGAUAUCACAUAUUUACCCUAAUACUGGGCGUAUUAUGUGCGCCCAGUUCAGUGCUUUCAUGGGCAUCCCAUUUUCGUGGUUUCUCCUUAAAGUGAUCCCGCAGUCAGUUAACAGCUAUUUUGCCUUUGCCAUCACUCUCCCCCUGAUGGGCCUAACCAUCAGCUGGAACGGCAGUGCUGCAAAUGCUCCUAUGUUUGCUGAGGUUGUGCCUGCUAAACAUCGAACCAUGGUCUACGCGUUUGAUCGUGCUUUCGAAGGAUCAUUCUCUUCUUUUGCAGCUCCCUUGGUUGGUAUUCUUUCUGAGAAAAUAUUUGGUUAUGACUCCAAGGCUGUUGAUAUCUUUAAAGGUUCUGCAAAGGAGGCUGCUGCACUGUCAAAGGGGCUUCUGUCAAUGAUGGCAGUUCCUUUUGGAUUAUGUUGCUUGUUUUACACACCAUUGUACACUGUUUUUGGGCGAGACCGUGAAUCUGUUAAAGCAGCAAAUUCGAAAGAGGAAGAGAUGAUCUGAGAGAGACUAUUCAUCUUCCUAAUUGAUGGUGGUACCCUGUUAUGUUUUUGAACUCGCAGCUUUUGUACUUUAGAGAAUUGGAUUUUGCCUUUUCUAGUUGUCAAAAGAGGGCAUAUUGAAACUUAUGGUCUAAGUCACAAUGUGAUGUGUUAAGGCAAUUUCACCAA